CAUAAGGAGUGUGAAAAUUUGGUUGAAGUAACGGAGAGCCGUCGUGUUCUGCAUUUUAAGGAUUUAGACAAAAUAAGUGUCGUUUACUGUGAUUUUAAAGAACAAAAUGGCAAGGCAUUAAACAGAGAUUCGAGGAGUAGGAAAGACAAUUUUAAAAAUAUAUUGAAUAUGAAGAUAAGAAACGGGUGCCUACAAAAAUUUGGUAACGGAACAGAAGAUGGCAAAGAGUUUCUCAAAUAUGAAGUUAAAAAUCAGGAGUGGUGGAAUUCACUUACUAGGAGCUAUACAGUUGUGAAAGGUCCAGGCAUG